GCUUCGCUCGCAACGUGCUUGUUAUCAUUGGCAUUCAAUUUGCAUCGACAGUUCAAGACGGAUCGAUCAGGAAGACCAUGAAAACAGCCUAUUUAAUGGUUUGCUGGAAUAAAAACUGAUCUUGAGCACCAUGUUGGAAGGGGUUGGAGUUGUUGGGACAGGGUCCCUCACUAGCAUUCUAAUCAACACCUUACAGGCAGUUGGUAUCAAGGUUGUUGCUCUUUGGGGUCCAACAGACCAAGAGGCCAAGGAGUUAGCCCGCCAGUACCGCAUACCAUUCCACACGAGCAAGGUGGAUGAGGUUCUUCUGCACCAGGAGGUUGACCUUGUCUGGGUGACCUGUCCUCCCCACCUCCACGGUGAGGUCGCAUCGAAGGCACUUGGGAUAGGGAAACACGUCCUGUGCGAACGACCUGCUGGAUUGAAGCAAGCCGAUGCCAUGAAGAUGGUGACAGCAGCUCGUUACUACCCAUCACUUGUGUCCAUCAUGACGCAUGGGUUGAGGUUCCUACCUGCAUUUGUGAGAACAAAACGCAUGAUCCAGGAGGGCGAGAUUGGUGAAGUGUUCCUCUGUGAUGUGAAGCUCUCUUGCGGAAGUUUGCUGACAGAUAAAUUUAACUGGAUGUGUGACGAGAACAUGGGUGGUGGAUUGUUGAAUAUUAUAGGGUCACAUAUAAUUGAUAUUAUCAGCUUCCUUGUUGGCCAGAGAGCAUCAAAGGUUCGUGGCAUGCUGAAGACCUUCAUCAAACAGAACGAGCAGAUCAACGGAAUCCGGCACAUCACGAGCGAUGACUUCUGCACAUUCCAGAUGGAACUCUUUCGUGGAGCAUGCGCCACGGUGACUUUGAAUGGACACUUUCCAGGUCAGUUUAAGCAGGAGAUUAUGGUGAUAGGUUCAGAAGGACGAUUGCUCAUCAAGGAUGCAGACUUGUACGGGCAGACAUCAUCCCACACGAGGGAGACGUUGCUCAUGGCCGAUAUCCAACAUGUCCCUGAACGCCAGAAAUACAGCAUGGCUCCGACGCCAGAGCUUCCCCUUCCAUACUAUAAGGGGCUCUUGAAACUCACAGAUGCCCUCAAGGAAUCUUUUGAGAGAAAGAAGGAAAGACUCAAUUGGGAUGGGGAGCCUGUAGCAUUCGCUGCAACCUUUGAAGAUGCCCUUUAUGUACAGACAGUCAUAGAUGCGAUAAGGAAAUCAAACAUUACAGGGAACUGGGAAUCAGUGGAGACGUUGAACGAAGAUAGGAAUGGGAGGGGAUUCUUCCUUUCAUGAGAAUGGAUAUACGGCACCUGCCCAUACAUGUCACCCAUAUUAUUUACCCAAAGUUAGACAAGUGUUGAAAUGUAAUAGAAACUGAAGGAUAUUUAUUUUGAUUGCCAGCUUAUUCUUGCUCAGAGUUAAGCUUCUGAACUGAAGUUUAGAUACUGUUCAAACUAUCUCAUUGUAUACUUUGUGCUAUAUGUAUGUAUAACAGGAUUAACAUAUUUUGCUUGUAUUUAAGGUCACAGAGAUGCUAUAAAAUCACUCAGAUUUUGAAACUGUACAUAAUCACAUAGAUCUAUAAUACAAUUACUGCACUUUUUUAUUAACUAUAUCUUAAUUAACAUAAAACAUUCUUUAGUCAACAUUGGGAUCGUCAAAGACUAAAGAAUGAUUUAGGUGAGGACAAAUAAAAUUUUUUAAUCCUUAGGGCAUUACAAGGAAAUCAUAUUGUGGAAUCGAUUGCAAAAUUUGAUUUCUAAUUUGCAAUUGAUUUAUUAUGGAAUAAUGAUAGAAUAAUAAUACAUGUACACAGUCCUUGUAUAGUGCAUAUCACAUUAAGACAAUGUCCCUAUGCAAUUUCAAAGGGCUUGGAUAUUAUUGCCCUGGCUUUAAGCCUUGUAGCAUUUUUACAGCGUGCGAGCAUUUCAAGGAGAGAAUCUUGCUAGGUUCCCAUUCACCUUAACCCCGUAGAGCAGUUUACACAUUAUAAAUGUGUAUUAUCUGAUGCAAGAAGCAGAUCAACACUCAGUUGCAAAUUUACAAAUGAUUGUAAGCUUAUUGAAUUUUUUACCUAAAAUUAACUGCCUGGUUUUAUAUGGUUGUCCUUAAGAGUAGCUUCCCAGAUUUAGAAUUUCACGAUUGAGAUGUGUCAUGAAGCUGCUUGGGUUCGAGCUAGAUAAAUAUUUUUAAAAUGCCAAAAAUAUACUGUCUUACUUUGCCAAAUUACUUAAAUUAUUACUUACUGAAAUUGAGGUUUUCGAUUUGUUCACUUCGUGGGGAUGCUGUGGACUAGUGGUUGUGACUCGCGCCAUUCAAACAGAGGGUCGUGGGUUCGAAUCCUUGCCAUGGUGUGUUUUCCUUCAGCAAGAAAGUUAUCCACUCUGUUCUGCACUCAACUCAGGUGAGGUGGCAGGAUUAAUUCCUUGAAUGCACAAAGCGCUGUUAAAAAACUGGCAGCUUGAGCUAAAGCCAGGGUAAACAAACAUAGCAACGCUUUGUAUCCUCUGGUAAAAAGCGCUAUAUAAAUCAAGCUAUUGUUAAUUUCUUCCAUGCAAAAUUGUAUCAAAUACUAAUGUUAUGGCUGGUUAACCACCAGUCGACUAGUACUAGUCGACUAUACCUAAAGCUAGUGUUUAUACCAUUAUUGUCAAACUAGGGGUUGUGAUAUUGAGAGACACUGGCAAUUGACAUUUGUAUCAUUGUAUUGCAGACUUGCAGUGUUUUUUAACCACAAAUUUGUACAGAGUAAUCAAAACUAAAAUCAUUCUCCGUUGUAGUUUCUCAUAAAAACUUGAGAAACUUUGUUUUACACUUCCCUUGUCAAUCCGUUUGAUAAAAAAAACCCUGAUAUGCAGAAGUUUUAUGAAAUUUCUUCCUGAACUUUUAAGAAUCAAUUUUUGAUAAGUGCAAUGACAAAAUUUUAUAUGGAAAUAAAUGCAGGGGGCUUGGAGUUUCUAGCAUUAAAUUUCAUGUCAUUCUCAAUGUUUUAUCAUGAAAAUUGUUCUAAUUCUUAAUUUUGUAGAAAGUAUUACCGGUAUUCAUUUUCAUCGGAACUAAUGCAUGAAAAUUACUAUAGAUGAUAAUUCAAUUUCUUUGUCAACAGUCUCAACACACAUUUCAUUUUUAGAUCUUAAAUCAAUUAUUUAGUCUGCAAUAUUGAUUUUUAUCUUUCAAAUUAUUUUGUAUCUGUCUUUUUUAAUUUUUCAGUCAAUGGAUAUUUUUAAAUAUUUGAUUUUUUAUAUUACAAUUGUUUAUUGUUCAUACGUUUUCAAGUAUUUCAUACUUAUAGUUUAUUGUAAAAAGGGUUCUUAGUAUUUUACUGUAAAUUAUUCCAUACAUUAACUUUUCAUAUACCUAGCUGUUUAGGGGCUAUAUAAGCCCCGGGCUGCUGUAAGAUAUAUCUGUCAAUAUACAAUACUGUACGGUAUGCAUUUUGCCAAAGUUACUUAUUGUGAAAAUUUGAGAAGUUUACAAACUACUCCUGUAAGUCCUAUUUUUGUGAAUUUGGUCGUAAAGAAUAAUCAGUCAUUUGGAAUUGUAUGAAUAUUUACACCCUGUUUGUAAUCCAAGCAUGAUGCUCUCAUUGCAAUCAGUGUCUUCAGUUUUCAUGGAGAAAAGAUUAUAAUAUACAGGCCCCAGAAUGCACUGUUCGUCAUAGAUGAUUACUCUACCAUAUGAGGAAACACAGUUUAUUACGUAAGUUUGUCAUAUCGGCCGGGGGGGGGGGGGGUACAUAAAGUGAUACGCUCAAUUUUUACUAUUGACUGCAAUUUUUCGUACAUGGUUCUCCAUUCACUUACAGUUAUGCUUAGUUUUUCAGUUGACUAUAUCUCCUCUGUUGCAGGGCUCAGAGCACUCAUUCAAUGAACAAGGUUAUGAUAUAACCUUGAUCUCAGUUAUAUCACGAUGUGUGGCAAAAUAAGGAUGGCAAUGUUUGGCUUAUUUUUUCUUUUUCUUUGGGACAAAUGCUUGAUUUUUUUACACUGACAGUUUCCAUUACACCUAUUCGUCAUACAACUUGGCCCUUAAGUAAAUUUGAUUCUUUAAAUUAUUUUUUUCUUAAUUAAAAAUAGAGAUGAAAAAAUGAAGAUUUUCUUGCCAUAUUAUUUUCCACCAAUAGAGGGCGUACACAAAAAUAUGCCCAAAAUUCAAGUUUUUGAGCGCUCUAGUGAAUACAAAAAUUAUUCCCAAGUUACAAAUGAAAAAGAAAUUGCAACUGUAUGGAAAUUAGUAAUUUUGGUCACAAAAGUGAUAUUUUAAUCAUUUUUUAAAGUGUGUGCUCUGUGCAGCAUUGGCAUGCCAUAGUCCAACCUGUAUUCCCCACAGGCAGGGUGGUUGCAGUGAACAAGUGGCUCAGAGCGGAUGUUGCCAGACCCACAUUCCCACAUGAACUCAAUCCGAUGCCGAUAUUGCCAUAGGGCAAUUCCAAGCAAAAGUGGACAUUUUCCAAAAAUUUAUAUUGGCUCUAUUUUAAAUCUGGAUCAAAUUUUUCUAUUAAAACUCAUAUGGGAUUUCAUAAAUACAAAAGGGGAACAUAAUUAGCCACAAACUUUGUUCAGAUGUCACUCCGUAACCGGGUAUAGGUUUAUGUUUUAAGUUAUAAUUCAUGAAAAAAAUACACCAAUUUGUAAUGUAAUGCAGCAUAUUAAAGCUAGAACAACAUUGAAUCCAAUCAAUAACUCAACAUUGUGAUACCCAUUUAAAGUUCACAGAGUUUGAGCAAUAUGUUUUCUCCUCAAAUAUGCAUGUCCAUUUUACGUCACUCCGUAACCAUGAUUAUGAACAUUCUUAUCUCAUUAAUUCAGUGGAUCAAAAUAACAAAUGUUAUUAUUUUAAAAGUGGGUUUCAGCAACUACUGUCAGGUACCAUUUCUUUGCAAAUAACUAUUUAAAUAUGGGUGAUAUCUUUGUUUGAAUGCUAAAAACUUGUUUCUGAAUGUCACUCUGUAACCGUGGAACUGCCCCAUAUUAAAUUGAUUGUAAUAUGUGAUUACUGACUAGAUAUGCUCAUGCUCAUUUCUUUUCACAAAUGAUUGCAUUUUUUGUACAUGGUUCUCCAUACACUUACAGUUAUGUGUUAGUGUACAAUUGACUAUAUCCUAUAUGUCACAGGGCCCAGUGACAGUGUACGUGGAUAUUAACCAAUUCAGAUUCUCCAAUGAAAUCUGACAACGAUAUUGCUUUAUUAAAUUUCAUUUGAUAUGUUA